UAGACACAUCUGCGGAUUAUCGGUUUAAGUAGCCUCUCGUUUCUUUGUUGAAGCGUCUUGUUAAAGCUUGUUUACAUCUAUAACGUUAAGUGUUAUCUGCGUUUGGCAAGUGAAUCUUAAGUGUCAAAAUGCCGACAGAAAAUUUGUCUGAUAAACGCAUGUCUAAGUUUAAAAACAAGGGAAAAGAGCCAACGAAGAUGCGUGACCGCAGGAUCGCGGAGUGCGUCGAGCUCCGAAAAGCUCAAAGGGUUGAAAGUAUUUUGAAGAAGAGGAAUAUUUCGAUCCAUGGAGAUGAUGAACCUCUGUCACCCGAGUUCAACACUGACAACGAGCAGGUAAUUUCUGCGACGAUUCAAGACAUCGUUGCAAAUGUGAGCAGUGACUGUUCUGACAAACAAAGACAGGGUUGUCAAGCAGCAAGGAAGCUGCUCUCUCGAGAGAGGAAUCCUCCUCUGAAGGAGAUUGUGGAGGCAGGACUGCUGACUCGCUUUGUGGAGUUUUUGGGGAGGCACGAUGACCCCACACUGCAGUUCGAGGCUGCCUGGUCUCUCACUAAUGUCGCAUCUGGCACCUCCUGGCACACACAGCAGGUGGUUGAACAUGGGGCGGUGCCAGCCUUCAUCGCCCUGCUGGCUUCACCUAUGCUGAACAUCAGUGAACAGGCUGUGUGGGCUUUAGGAAACAUUGCUGGUGAUGGUCCGUCAUAUCGUGAUGCCCUGAUUGACUGUGGCAUCAUUCCUGCGUUGUUAGCCCGACUCACGCCAGAUGCUCCAGUGGGAUACCUUCGCAACCUGACGUGGACCCUUUCGAACCUGUGCAGGAAUAAGAAUCCCUUCCCUCGUUUUAGUGCCGUCCAGCAAAUGCUUCCCUCCAUCAUUCAACUGCUCCAUCACGGUGACAAAUCCAUCUUGUCUGAUGCAUGCUGGGCAAUCUCUUACCUCACCGACGGACCCAAUGAGCGGAUUGAUGUUGUGAUUAAGACCGGAAUCCUUCCACGGCUGGUUGAGCUCUUGGGGUUUGAGGAACUUUCUGUGGUGACCCCAGCCCUGCGCUCGAUUGGGAACAUCGUGAGUGGCUCAGACUUGCAGACACAAGCAGCCAUUGACGCAGGCGUGCUGAGCGCCCUGCCACAGCUGAUGCGACACGCCAAAUCCAGCGUUCAAAAGGAAGCUGCUUGGGCUGUGUCCAACAUCGCAGCUGGACCCUGCCAACAGAUUCAACAACUUAUCACAUGUGGAUUGUUGCCUCCUCUUGUGGAUCUCCUAAGGAAUGGUGACUUUAAAACCCAGCGAGAGGCCAUCUGGGCGGUGACCAACUACACAAGCGGUGGAACUGUUGACCAAGUGGUUAAUCUGGUCAAAUGUGGUGCGCUAGAGGCCAUCUUGGGUUUACUUCAAGUUAAAGACACCAAGACUGUCCUGGUGAUCCUUGAUGCCAUUAAUAAUAUCUUCUUGGCUGCUGAGAAACUUGGGGAGGUGGAAAAACUCUGUUUGCUGGUGGAGGAAGUGGGUGGGUUGGACCGAAUCGAGUUUCUCCAGAACCACGAGAACAACGCUGUAUACAGAGCAGCUCAGGCUCUCAUCGACAAGUAUUUCAGUGAGGAUGGUGAGGAUCAAUGCUUGACCACUGAAGCCACUGACACAAACUUUGUCUUUGGAGCCUCUAAUGUUCAGAAGAGAUUUGAUUUCUGA